UCCAAGACGAACUACACCAGCAAUCUGAUUUCAGAGAAUAAACCACAUUUUUCUCCCUUUUCUUCUGGUGGCUGGCUUGGAGGAUGUCUGUGAAAAGUGCUAAGGGAGGCGCAGACAGCAGAGCAUUGGCUGCAGGCAGCUUGUCUCCACGAGGGGGGCGGGCUGCAGCAGCUGGACAAUCACCUGGGAGGUUUAAAAACAAGGCCCUUCAGCUCAGCCUCUCCAAGAAAUUCUGCUCAAAGGCACAGUCGCAUGCGGCCAAAGGGAAGAACUCUGAUGCGGAGGCGGCUUCCCGGCGCAGUAAGAGGAGCCUCAGCAACAGCUCAGCUGUGGCCGCUGCCUACAUCUCCUACCUCAACAAACUCUUUGGACAGGAAAGAGAGCUGAUGCCAGAAGAGCUGGACGAGCUGCAGGAGGCCUUUAAGGAAUUUGACUAUGAUGCGGAUGGCUUCAUCCAUUACAAAGACAUCGCAGACUGCAUGAGAACCAUGGGCUACAUGCCCACGGAGAUGGAGCUCAUCGAGAUCAUCCAGCAAAUCAAAAUGAAAUGGGGCGGUCACGUGGACUUUGAUGAUUUCUGCGACCUCAUGGGGCCGAGGAUGCUGGCUGAGACAGCUCACAUGGUCGGGCUGAAGGAGCUCCGCUGUGCCUUCAGACAGUUUGACUGCGACGGCGAUGGAAAGAUCACGUUUGAUGAGUUGAAGGAAGGCAUGAAGACCCUGCUGGGGGAGAAACUGAAGAAAGGAGAGCUGGAGGAGAUCAUCGGCGACAUUGACCUCAACAAAGACGGCAACAUUGACUUUGAUGAGUUUCUCAUGAUGCUUUCUGCUCGAUGAUCUCUAAUGGAAGAAGAUGGAGCUGGAUUAAUGAGCUGUGCACCGAUGCUUUACCACUGUCUCCUUCCUCCUGCUGUAAAUC